ACCCCUUGAAAGUGAUUAAAGUUCAUUAAUUCAAUAUUCGAGUUUUGUCACAAAAUGCAAAUAAAAUCACAAAUAUGUGAAUGCAGUGCCAAAUGGAAGCAACCGUACUAAAGAAACAGAAACAACUAAAAAAGUACGAAAAAAUGCCAGCGCCAAUCUGUUAUUAAAACUCUCUUUGGAACCAAUAACAUAGUGAAGUCAUUCCAACGAUGCCUGCCCUAAAAUUGCUCUGCUAUUUGGCGCUCUUCGCAUGGGUCCAAGCAAUUACCCCUGAAAAUCCAUUCGCCUGCAUGAGUUUUAUGGAAGCUGAGAAGUUCAUUCAGGAUGAUGAUGAUUUUGAGGAAUACUCAUCGAAUGGCGGCGGGCAGUCACAGUAUAGCGCGGAGAAUCAGAACCCGCCGGAUGCAGAAUCCACACCUGUCAGUGAACAAGCAGCGCCACAUCGACGCAUUUGUCAGACAGACUACACGUUCUGCUUCGCGUUGUGGCGUCAAACCCGUAACGGCACUCGAAUCGAGAAACAAGGUUGUUGGAAGGAGAGCACGGAAAGCAAUGUCACGUGCCGUCAGACGGAAUGCACAAGUUCGGCGCCCACAUCGAGUAACAAUUCCCUUUAUUACUGCUGCUGUUCGGGCGAUUCGUGCAACAAAAAUGUGGCUGUGGUUGAGCCAGCGCCACUGCAGCUUUCAAAGCCGAUUUAUUCUAUCGGAGAAAACAUUCCGGGAAGAUUUGGCGAUGCCGGCUUUGGUGUUGUUGUAAUGGCAAUGUUUGUGCUGAUUUUGUGUUUAUCAGUCAGUGGCAUGGCUGCCUACUGCUAUGUUCAUAAAAUAAAGGACAAGCCCAUGCCUGAGGAGGCUCCACUUGCACCCUCCGGUCCCGGUUACAGUUCAAACCUACGAAACGUCGACAAUAUAAACUUAAUUUGUAUGCUCGGCAAUGGCAAAUACGGCACGGUGAUGAAGGGUUUGUUGCACGACCAAGAGGUGGCCGUGAAGAUAUUUCCUGAAAGCCAUUAUCCGUACUACAUCAACGAACGCAAUAUCUACUCGUUGCCUAUGAUGGACAGUCCUUCGCUGUUGACUUAUUUCGGCUAUGAUGAGCGUCACACAAUGGAUGGCAAAAUCGAGUACCAACUAGUGCUUUCGCUUGCCCCGCUCGGUUGCUUGCAGGAUUGGUUAAUUGCCAAUACCAUGGGCUUCGAAGCGUUCUGCAGCAUGGCCAAGUCCAUCACGCGUGGCCUAUCGCAUCUGCAUACCGAAAUAAGUCGGGGUGACGAAUAUAAGCCGUGCGUCGCGCAUCGCGACUUCAACUCGCGUAACGUGCUCGUCAAAGCCGAUCGAACGUGCUGCAUCGGGGAUUUUGGUUUUGCCUUGAAAGUAUUUGGCUCCAAGUACGAAUACCGCGGCGAAGUUGCUGUAGCCGAAACAAAAAACCUUCAGCAAGUAGACAAACGCACUAGCACGCCAUGUCAUGUGGUGCCACGUUCCCUCUCUUCUAGUCUAAUUAAACACAUAAACCGCAAUAAUAAUAACGUGAGUAAAGGCGAGCUGAAUACCAUAAACGCUACGAACAGCAGCCCUAAGGAAACCACGCCUGCACCGGUGUCCAACUCGACCGGUCACCUCAAAGCGCCCAGCAAUACAGAUAUCCUCUUUAGGCGGCAGCGGAGCCUUGAAAUGUUUCGCGAGGUGUUCAGUGGCCGAGGCAGCACGGAAAAGCUACGAGAUCCCAGUCAGCGCGUCAAAACGCCAGGUGAUGUGCCGCCAUCUGUGCGCAAGGUGCGAGCCUCGAAGACGCUUAGCCUAUACGACGACCGGAUGAUGGACUCUUCAACGCUGAAUAUACUCUAGCAUGAGGAGGUUCUGUUGCUGGAGUUGUAAGCAGUUUGGCCCCGGGUUGCCCGUCAGCUUACCAUUUCAGUAGGCAGAACAGAGUGCACAAUAAUGUAGAUGAAUGUGAAAGGAAUGGAGACGAAAAGAAAUACUCGCGCGCGGUUUUUUCGAAGCUCAUCGACAGGAUGAACUUAUACUCAUAGAUGUAGUUGCGUUGAACGCGCGGCUCAUAAGUAGAUCGUAGGUGUUCGUAGUACCACCCCUUCCAUUGAGACCCUACUCUACAUACAUAUGUAUACUUAUGUAUGUAUGUAGUAUGUAUUGUGUUUGUAUUCAAAUGUCUACGCACGUGUGUGUGCUGAAAAAACCAAAGUCCUUAUAGUGUAAUAUUGAACGUGUUUUUGUACGAAGUUUAUGUAUGUAUGUAUGUAUGUAUCUCUAAAAACAGUCGCCAGUAAGCUAGUCUUAAGUUUGUAUGCAGUAGUUAAUGUAUAUGUAUGUAGGCUAAGAAGCUGUGACCGAUGAAUGCAGCAAGCAGAGAGCAACAAAAGAAAGGCGCAGCGUCAGGUCAGCCAUUGCUUGUGAACGCCGGCAAGGCUAAUUAGUGUAGCGAAGAUAUUUAUUUUUUAUUCCACUUAUUGGUAGAACAUUGAAGACAACUAACUGUACAUCUCUAGGGAAUUUUCACAGCAUAGUGUUAUAGAAUAUACAUAUAUAUGUAACUCUGUAAUAACAGACACAUAAACGGGUAGAAAACUCUGUUGGUUUACUCAACUGUGUUUUGUUUUUGAUUACACUGUGCAUCAGUAAAACGAAAUUUUUUGAGAUCAUAGCUGUGUGGGAUUAAUUCAACUUAAAAUUGUAGAGUAGUCUUGCGAAAAUUAUUUUCGGGAAUAUAUAAUUUGAAAUUUUCAAAGUGUUCGAAAAAAUUUCAAACACUCGCACUGACUUAUUUAAAAAGUUGCCGAAUUUUUUUUUUUUUGUUAUACCGCGUUAUUAUUAGUUCAAUUAUAUUUUAUGAUUUAGUUAAGUAGUAGUGUAUGUCAUAGGACAUAUGUAUGUAUAUUUAGGCUAUUUAUAAUGACUAGUACGUAUUUAUGUAUACAUACACACGUAUUUCAUAAUUUGUACCAUACGCGCAUAAUUAGACUGUUGAUAGGUUCAAAAAGUUAAAUGAAUUUGGAAAUUGCCUUGUAUUUCAUUAAAAAAAAAAAAAGUUGUA